UUCUCGUUCUCUCGUGCUCUCCAUAGCCCACCCUGAACUCGCUUGCGUCGAGUCAACUCAAGGAGUGUCGGGCGCUCUGCGAGAAUAGCGCAGCUCUUGGCUUGCGCGCACUCGGCUUGUUUGGCUGUGCCGAACGUACCAAGGAGAAGAUGUCUGCGCCGUCAGCAUCCGCAGGAUGCCCGUUCGUGCGGGUGCUAUACCUGCACUUCGUGCUGCUGCUCGCGUUCUUCACAUCGUGCGAAGCAACAGCCACGACCAAGGGCGGCUGCCCUGUUUCUCGCUUGCAAGCGGCAUUCCAGGCGCCUUUUAACUCUCUGUCGUUGGCCCUGCACGGGCAGCAAGCGACCAUGAGCAGUCUAUCCUCACGCGAUAGGUCGAGCAGUCCACCUAUCGCCGCCGGCAACAUUGGAGCCCCUCGGUGGGUCUCCGACGGGGUGAGGUCCCGCGUCGUCCGCUCUCGCACGGUCGACGUGAAGCCGUUAGGGAUGUCGGCGGUGGAGACAAAGCCAGGCAACAAGCGGGCGGCGGAGGGAGAACCGGAGGAAGCCAAGGAGACCAAGGCCCAAAAGAAGGCGAGGAGGAUUGCUGCAUCCUCCACCCCGCUCAGCGUCCACGUUGUCGGCCUGUCGCACCACAACGCCGGCGUCGACGUCCGCGAGAGGCUUGCUGUGCCCGAGGCGGAGUGGAACCUAGCAUCCGCUAAGCUGUGCAGCUACGAGAACAUCCAGGAGGCCGCGGUGCUGUCGACGUGCAACCGGUUCGAGGUGUACAUCGCCGCCACUGACGCCCACGCGGCCAUCCGAGACGUGAUGACACACCUGCAGGAGUACUCGGGCCUCUCCCAGUCGGAGCUACGGCAAAACCUGUUCAUGCUCUCCAGGGAGGACGCGGUGUGGCAUCUGCUAAGGGUUAGCGCUGGCUUGGACUCGCUUGUGGUGGGAGAGGGGCAGAUAUUGUCGCAGGUCCGGCAAUGCUACCUUCACGGCACGGAGAAGGAUGGGUCGGCAGGGAAAGUGGUGGCGAGGAUGCUGAACACAGCCGUUUCGGCUGGGAAGCGAGCUCGGGCGGAGACGAGCAUCAGCAAGGGCGCGGUGUCCAUUUCCUCCGCCGCUGCCGAGUUCAGCAAGAUGCGCGCCGAGAAGGACCUUGGCAAGAAGCUCGUUGGCUCCUCGGUGGCCAUCAUCGGCGCCGGCAAGAUGACCCGGCUGCUGCUCGUCCACUUGGGCUCUCUCGGCAUCAAGAAGGUCAUCCUUGUCAACCGGUCCAUGCCCAAGUGCACGGAGCUCAUGAAGGAGUUCCCCGACAUGGAGAUGGAUGUACGGCUAGGGGCAGAGGACCCCACGGAGCUGGAACGGGCUAUCGGCGAGGCGGACAUCAUCUUCACGUCGACGAGUGCUACCGGGUGCAUUGUCGGGAAAGAGCAGUUGGAGAGGCUGGAAGCGGGCAAGGAACGCCCGGUGAUGUUUGUCGACAUCUCGGUGCCGAGAAACGUGGAGGCUGACUGCUCUGAUGUCCCCGGGGUGUUCGCGUACGACGUCGACGACCUGAAGAUGGUGGUGGCGAGAAAUACCGCGCUGCGACGCCGGGAGAUGCUGGAGGCAGAGGACAUCCUGGCGGAGGAGCACAACAAGUUUAGCGGGUGGCAGCAGAGCCUGUCGGCGACCCCUGCCAUCUCCAAGAUGCAGGAGAAGUUUGAGGGCAUGCGCGCGCAGGAGAUGCGAAAGGCCGGCAACAAGCUCCAAAAUCUGUCCGACAAGGAGCUGCAAGUGGUGGAGAAACUCUCUCAGGGCAUCGUCAACAAGAUGUUGCACGGGCCCAUGUCGGUCCUCCGCCAGCCGGGCGGGCCUGACGAGAAGAAGCAGACCCUCGAGAUUCUCAAGGACAUGUUCAAGCUCGAGAAGCUUUGAGCUUGUUGGUUCGCUAUUAUCGGUUAUGCGGGAGAAGGGGGAAUGCAGCUCGUGGAUUUUUUUAGAUAGGUGUAGAGAUUCCACGUGACAUGACAUGAGCACAAGUGCUCGUUCGGGAUAGUACUCCUUUCAUGGGGAAGUUGUACCGCAGGUUCCUUGCGCAUAGCUCCAGCAAAGAGAAAAUAUUAGACUAGCGGGGGUGCCUCGAUCCCCGUGUGCGUGAUAACUUUGAAGUUUUGAGCGAAUGUAUGAUUGUGGUAUGUUUUUGUUGCUGUCUUGUUUAAAAUAUAUCACAGCCGUGCUUGUAUGUAGACCAGAGAGCGCGGGCAGUCUUGAAACAACACGAGAAAAGAAGUUGCGACUUUUUGGCGCAUUUUUUGACUCCCUGGUUUGUCGAAGCGAAUGGAGGUCCAAAGCGUCGAAGGCGUUUACCCUCUUUGCGCUAACGAUCACGUCCUGUUUUUGUGCUCGUUACCGCGCUGUGUUGAUGCCGUUGCUGGUGGCACAUCACGACGUUGGCCAGGUAGGAGUAAUGCCCGUACAAGCAGCUACUGCCGUGGUACAUGGAGCGAGGAAAAGAGAGACACGGAGCAGGAUCAAACAACAAGUUCGUCUAGGUGCAUUCUUACCGAUAAACAAUGUCAAAAAGUGUCAUGUACACAUUAUGAGUACCGUACCACGUGAAUCGCCAUCAUCAUUGGUGGCGUGCGCGAUCGUUUGUGUUGUGUUACUUGCACGCCUUAGGCCAACAUCUACAUCGUUUCUAAGUUGGUUCUGUCUGAAACGCAUUGCGUUGGGGCAUCCGUAGACAGACGUGGUACACAGAAUUUCUGACAUCUAUCUAUGGUGACUUCACUGUCGUCGCUGAGUAACUUGACUUGUCAAGACCCUGGGACCCUAGCACAUGAAGCAGGACCGGAGCGCAUUUUUCGCACAUUUGGCUUUGUUUUUCUUCCCUUUGAAACCUCCAUCCUCUUUGAAAUGGAUUUGAGCCACCGCCGCGGGUCAGGUUGGAGAUCACGACAAGAACGGUUGGUUUUGUCUGUCGCGCAGUUGGUGCCUAUAGAGGAUGCCACACCCGACGAGGGAUGAAGCAGCUAGUAUAUUCCAGGAAAAUUCUCUCGCUGCGUCACCUCAAGUGGCGGGGUGAAGUUGAUCUCGAUUACCGUAGAGGCAGAGAGGUGUCAAAAGCUCGAUUGCUCCACAUCACAACG